UGAAACGCAGACGUCUGACACAGUCUCUGUCAAAACGAGAAACUGAAACAUAUUCAACCGCGGUCCAUCCUCAUCACAGUUUUACGACAUUAACAUAAUUAGUCCGGAGAGAACAAACUGCCAAUGUGCAUGGUGGCAGGAUGAAUAGCCCUACUGUAGAGCUGAAUACAACACAAAGCAAACAGGAACAUGGCUCUGACAACCCUUCUUCUAAAGACUGUGGCUCUGAGAAGGACAGUGAUAUCCACCCUGGUUCUGCAGGGGCUCCUUUUUGGGCUGGCCCUCCUUCAGAUGCCAAUGUGCCCCUCAUACUCCCCCAUCCUCAGCAGCACACCAUCCAGCCAGGAAUGGUGGACCCCCUCAGCUUAAGGUUCCAGUGUUCAUGUCAGUCCACUCAGUGUCAGAUGACUUAUCCAGACUACCUCCUGGACCAGUCGAGUCAGUAUCACCUCCUCACCGGGCCUGUGCCUGGCCCAACAGAAAGCAGCCAUCACAGCUCGUUCUCUGCUCCUUGGUUUACUAACGAACCCAUUCUCUGCAGCAUGAUGCCGGGGGACUUGCACUCUCCUCUCGUCAGUAUCUGUCCACCACAGGCCAUGGACCAUCAGCAGGUUCAGGAGGGAUUGACUGAAGUCACAUCCCACAUCACACAGCCUGUGGUGUGUAAUGUGACUGGAGGUGGACAGGUGGUGCUGGUUAACCACUGUGAGCCAGGACCUGUGUUCCUCACCCUGGAGUCUGCACCGCCACACAGAGAUGACGGCCCAGGUCAGGUUAAAGCAAUGAGUGUGUCAGGGACCCACAACCAGGUAAGAGAGCAAAGUUUGCUCCAUUUAAACCAAGAAACCAACUGUCCCCCAGCCCCAGUUCUGUCUUUACCAUGA